CACCACAUCGCAGUCAAAUAUUCAAAUACCCUAGCCUCCUCCUUCACCGCUUGCUCCCGCAACCGCUCUUCCCUUCCCCUGUUUCACGGCUCCGGUGAUCUCUUCCUCGCUGCUGCCGUUUUCUGUUCUCCCGUGCUUGAUCCUCCACGUUGCUCUCGAAUUUCAGCUCAUUGUCUUCAAGUGUUUUACCUGGGUUAGAAGGUUUCUAUCCUCUCAAACAUGGCUACUAGACUUAUGUUUGAGAACUCUUGUGAAGUUGGAGUGUUCUCUAAACUUACCAAUGCCUAUUGUUUGGUUGCCAUCGGAGGUUCUGAAAGCUUCUACAGUGUCUUUGAGUCUGAAUUAUCAGGUGUUAUCCCAGUGGUGAAGACUUCCAUUGCCGGCACUCGCAUAGUUGGCCGCCUUUGUGCUGGAAACAAGAAUGGGCUUCUCUUGCCACACAAUACCACAGACCAAGAACUUCAACAUCUAAGAAACAGUCUACCAGAUCAAGUUGUUGUUCAGCGUGUAGAAGAAAGAUUAUCUGCUCUUGGAAAUUGUAUAGCGUGUAAUGACCAUGUGGCACUCGCGCACACUGAUCUUGAUAGGGAAACUGAGGAGCUGAUUGCAGACGUGCUGGGAGUAGAAGUUUUCAGGCAGACCAUUGCCGGAAAUAUUCUUGUCGGAAGUUACUGCGCCUUUUCCAACAGAGGUGGUCUGGUUCACCCGCACACUUCGAUUGAAGACUUGGAUGAGCUCUCCACACUUCUUCAGGUUCCUUUGGUUGCUGGGACUGUGAAUCGCGGUAGUGAGGUCAUAGCUGCUGGCAUGACUGUUAAUGAUUGGACUGCCUUUUGUGGAUCAGACACAACGGCAACAGAACUCUCAGUGGUUGAGAGUGUUUUCAAGCUUAGGGAAGCUCAGCCUAGUGCUAUUGUGGACGAGAUGAGGAGAUCGCUUAUUGAUACCUACGUUUAAGUUUGUAGUUCUAGUUAAUGACCAUAGCGCACUGAUAUUAAAUGUGUUCUAAUUGUUCUGAUAAAAAAUUAUGUUUCGUUUUCGUGUUCUUUUUCUUCUUGUUUUUGACUUGAUUGUAAGCUUUGGUACUGGUUUAUGAUUCCGUGUGUCAAUCAAGAAUUUUUCAUGUUUAUUUUAAUCUUGGCUUCGUGGAUGUACCAAUUUAUGGCCGA